CAACAACAAUAACAACAACUUAAAGUCAAUCUGCAACAACAUCGUAUUGAAGCGAAAGAUAGAGAUUAUAUCGUAGUACCUCGAAUUACUGGACACAAAUUGCCGGCCAUGCACACACUCUUCACCGAUCAGAACUCCUUUUCGCGGCAUUAUGCGCAGACCGCCGGCUAUACGACGGCCGCUGCUGCUGCGAGCGCUGCCGGAGCCAUGAGCAGCGCUUCCGCAGCGGCAGCAGCUCAUUACGCAUACGAUCAGUACUCGAGAUAUCCGUAUUCGGCCAGUGCCUACGGCCUGGGAGCGCCGCAUCAGAACAAGGAGAUCGUGAAGCCGCCGUAUUCAUAUAUCGCUCUGAUCGCCAUGGCCAUACAGAAUGCAGCGGACAAGAAGGUGACGUUGAAUGGCAUCUAUCAGUAUAUAAUGGAGCGAUUCCCCUAUUAUCGGGACAAUAAGCAGGGCUGGCAGAACUCAAUACGCCACAAUCUCAGCCUGAACGAGUGCUUUGUGAAGGUGGCGCGCGAUGACAAGAAGCCGGGCAAAGGUUCCUACUGGACACUCGAUCCGGACUCGUACAAUAUGUUCGAUAAUGGCUCGUUCUUGCGCCGACGCCGGCGCUUCAAGAAGAAGGAUGUGAUGCGCGAGAAGGAGGAGGCCAUUAAGCGGCAGGCCAUGAUGAAUGAGAAGCUGGCGGAGAUCAAGCCACUCAAGCUAAUGACCAAUGGCAUUCUAGAGGCUAAGCACAUGGCGGCGCAUGCACACUUCAAGAAGGAGCCCCUAAUGGACCUGGGCUGUCUGGGGGGUAAGGAUGCGCAUGGUGGCUUGAGCUCGGCCAUGCUGAACUCCUGCCACGACAGCUUGGCCCAAAUGAAUCAUCUGACUGGCGGUGUGGAGCAUGCCGGCUUCACCGUCGACUCCCUCAUGAAUGUCUACAAUCCGCGCAUCCACCACAGCGCCUAUCCGUAUCAUCUCAAUGAGGAUAACUUGACCGUGGCCUCUAGUCAAAUGCAUCAUGCCCAUCAUGCGGCGGCGGCGCAUCACGCCCAGCUCCGGCACGUCGCCCAUGUCUCGCAUCCACUGACUCCGGGCGGUCAUGGUGGGCCCGGCGGCUUAGUUCAAUCAUCGGGCGCUUCACCCACAACGAUCUCAACACCGCACGGACCGGCGCAUGGUGGUUGGUAUACGCCUGAGACGCCGCCAUCCGAGCCAAUUAGCAAUGGCAAUAACAAUAGCAGCAACAACAACAACAACAAUGCCGGCACACCCACACAUGGCAACAACAACAGCAGUGUCGGCAGCGUUCACAACAACAACAAUAACAAUGCAGGCAGCAACAACAACAACAAUGUGAGCGGCAUACUGACGAGCAGUCCAUCGGCCGCCCUUGGCCACACCUCCCUCGGAUUCCGCGACAUGAUAUUCGAGCAGAACCAAUCCUGCCAACUGGACACGGGCAGUCCCACCGGCAGCAUACAGUCGGCCAGUCCGCCGGCCAGUGCCAGCGUCGCAGCAGCGUCGGCGGCGGCAGCAGCGGCCGUAAUCAGCAGCCACCACCAUCACCAUCAUCAUCAUGCGUUGAGCGGGAAUUUGGGGAAUCUGGGCAACCUCAGCAAUCUAAGCCACUAUCGGCCGCAUGUGGGCCACUAUCAGGAGUAUGGCAUCAAGUAUGGCGUCUAG